AUGUGGCUCAAGAGCUACCUGGACAUCUCACCCAACCGUCCGCGGUGGGCCACGGUAGCGGAUGCACUCCUAGCACGAGCGCCGGCGUGCGGAUCCAGGGCCGUGGACGAGGACGCGAGGAUAAACGUCUUCAUGCAGUCCUGGGAGGUCAGCACGAGGGCAAAAGCGGGGCUGCCGCGCAGCCUCGCGCAAAUGAUAAAGACAGCCAAGAAACACGGCGUGAGGGUAGAGUCGCCGAACCCCAAAAGGGGACUGCAAGAUAGCCUCCCCGUGUGGUACCAUCUAGGGGCAGUCCCUGGCAGGAGGACGGAGAACACGAAGGCGAACAAGUGCCUCCGCAAAGUCCAUGCAGUCCGCACCGUCGCGGACUGCCUAGCGGUGGCGGCCAGGCUGCAAGUCGUAGCGGGCGCGGCAGGCGCCCACCGUUCGGGUAGAACUUGCGCAUGCGCGCCCUGCCAAACUGAUCGCGAAGAGCGGGGCUGUCCCGACCCGCACGCGUGCGCCGUGGCGGCCCGCAAGGCGGUAGACAAGAUUGUGCAGAAGUGGAAGCCGGCGACGCAGCAGGACGACGGUCUGAGCCUGACGCCCACGAGACGUGAACGUAACUCGAACGCGGCCGCGGAGGAGGGCGACCUGCUCUUCGAUCCCUCGAUCUCCGUGGGGCUGCCGGUCUCACGGGCCUUCCGAGUCUUCCUGCCGGAGGGCGAACAAGGCACGGCGCCAGCUCGCAGGCGAGUGGGGGCUUUCCAAGUGCCCAGCGAGUCCGUGACAGUCUACACAGACGGCUCCUGCAACGACAACGGGUGUGAGAACGCCGCCGCUGGGUCGGGCGCAUACUUUGGAGAGGGAGAUACGCGCAACACGGCGGCCAGGGUACCGGGGCGCACCCAAUCAAACCAAACCGGCGAGAUCUACGCGGUGGCCUUGGCGGCCGCCAAGACACCCCCCUUCGCCCCGCUGACAAUAGCCACGGAC